UGUAGCCAAUUUCUUUGUUCGAAAUCUGAACGUGACUAACAAUCACAGUACUAGUAUCUAGGAGCCAGGACCAGGACCAGGACCAGGACCUUCAAGCAUUGACCGUUGUGGCGCAGGAAUAUCAACUCAACUUAUCUAGGCUAAAUCUCGGCUCUGACUUCAGGUUCUGUUGGAAUUGUCGCUUCAAAAACUUGAAAUGCUUGUUGUACCUUUGCCCUUCUAUGUUUUACAUUCAAGACUUAGGCCAUAGGCUCAAAAUAUUAAUAUUGAUUGACGUCUUCAAUAACCAUGCAACCCUGACCAUCCAUAAUCACACGGCGCUUUUUUCCAAUCACCGGCCUUGUUGACGUACACGUCUUGGCCCGAUUUACUUGCACUCUAACCUCGCUAUGAUUCUGCUCACCGCACUUUGGAUCCUCAUCUCCUCGAUUAUUGCUCAUUUGGUAUACAAGAGAUGGUCCCGCAUCUCAAUCACCAACAUCCGUGGGCCUCAGCCGCAUUCGAUCUUAUACGGCAACUUCCCAGAAAUGUUGGAAGGGCAAGCUGGCGAUAUUGACUUCAAGUGGCAGGAGGAGUUUGGUGAUGUCGUCCGAAUCAAGGCACCCUUCGGUGAAGAUCGGUUGCUCCUUUCGGACCCUAAAGCGUUACAAUAUAUCUAUCAUGCCUCCGGAUAUGGUUUUACUAAGACGUCGGGUCGUCUUGCUGUAUCUCAAACGAUAUUUGGCCCCGGGCUUGUGGGCGUCGACGGCGACAUUCACAGGCGGCAGAGAAGGGUUAUGAUGCCCGGUUUUGGGACUCCAGAAAUCAAGGCUUUCGUACCAAUCUUUUUCACUCAUGCUGGGAAGAUGGCUGCCAAAUGGAGAGAUAUCAUUUCGGGCAACGGUGGCCUGUCAUGUACCGUGGAUGUUCCUUCAUGGACAUCUCGUGCAACGCUAGACAUUAUAGGACAAGCUGCCUUCGACUACGACUUCGGAGCUCUUGAUGACACAGACAACAUCCUGACCAAGAUUGUGUCAAACAUCGUCUUUGAUACGUUCGGCCUUCCAACAAACAAGGCCAUCCUCUCUUUGAGCCUCAUGGACUUUCUUCCUUUCUGGCUUUCGAGAUUCAUCACUAAGUCUUUGCCGAUAUCGCGUUUGUCUCAUGCCCACAAAUUGAAUCGAUUAACCGGCACCGUCUCGAAGCAACUGGUCAAAGAAAAGUACGAUGCUCUGAUUGACGGUAAAUCUAACAAGGACAUUAUGAGUCUCUUAGUCAAGGCCAAUGCAUCCCAGAACCCAGACACAAGACUCUCAGAGCAAGAACUGCUUGCGCAGAUGAUCACAAUCAUCAUGGCAGGUCAUGAAACAACGUCAAAUUCUUUGUCAUGGGCAUUGCUGGAACUUGCAAAGCACCCGGAGAUACAGUCCAAACUUCGGGAUGAGAUCCGAGCAAAGGAACGUCUGGUACUUUCGCGUGGCGGGUCAUUGACGGCCACAGAUUUCGAUAAUAUGCCCUAUUUAACUGCCGUUGUAAAAGAGAGCCUUCGUUUCCAUCCAGUGUCAUACAACGUUUUCAGAGUAUCGGAAAAGGAUGACGUAUUGCCGCUGCUGAAACCGAUAAUCACCAAAGACGGAAAGGUCAUGUACGAAGUACCAAUUCCCAAGGGUCUCCAAAUUAUCAGUUCGAUUGCUGCAUAUAAUAGGAACAAGGAUAUAUUCGGAGAGGACUCAAGUGUCUUCAAUCCUGACCGUUGGUUGUGCGAUAAUGUCAAGUCAAGCGUAUCUAUUGGCAUGUACGCAAAUCUGUUCACCUUCUCAGGUGGCGGACGAGCGUGCAUUGGCUGGAGAUUUGCGGUACUCGAGCUAUCGGCCUUUGUCGUUGAACUUUUGAAUAACUUUGAGUUCUCCUUGACGGACAAAGGUGACAGCAUUCGAAGGGAGGCGUGCUUUGUGAUGACUCCUACGCUUGAAGGUCAGCGGGAAAAGGGAACACAGAUGCCUCUUAACAUUCGAAUUGCAUCUCGGGAGGACAUGUAGGUAUUACUAGUAUUUGGGAUGAAUGACAUGUUCGGAACUGCUUCGGGGUGUUCAGUAACGAAGUUAUUGGCCAUGGCAGCACCUCCACAGAUAUAAAUGAUUG